AUGCUCGCUGCCAGGACGGUCCUGCUGCUCGCCCUGCUCCUCGCCUUCGCCCUGCGCCACGCCACAGCCCACUUCACGCCCAUCGAAUGCUGCUCGAAGCACGCCCAGAAACCCGUCCGACACGUGCAGAGCUUCUACGAGACGCCCAGGGACUGCGCCUUUCCCGCAGUUGUGCUUGUGGCUGGCACCGGUGACAAGAUCUGCGCCAACCCUAAGAAGUCCUGGGUGAAGAAAGUCAUAAAAAAGCUUCAAAGGGAAAAAUGA